AUGAAUCCAGAGAAUUGGGAAUCUCCAGAGAAAGUAAUCGAUCUCGUACUGGAAAAGUGGAGCCGGCGAUAUGUUUUCCACUAUCCCGAGCCCGGUAUUUCAUUCACUUACUCUGACUGGAAAGCCGGGCGCAAUAAUGGUCGAGCCAUCCUACCGAAGUAUGAUAACUUGUCCUCGGAUCAUGCACGCCCUCAAGACCCAGACCAUCAGUACUACUCUAUCUCAUUACAGGAGAUAUUUAACACCGAAGGUCUCCAGAUCAUCGUGCAGGUGACAAGUAUUGACCUCACGCCUGAUCGCCCAACUUACUCUGGCGACCGGGAAUUCAAUGUUGCUGGUAUGCUCAAUGAGCACAUCGUCGCAAGUGCGGUCUAUUACUACGAUGUACAGAAUAUCGAUGGUGCCAAGAUCUCCUUUGAACUGGAGGCAGUCAUUGAUAAUCUGUCCUUCAAUGUCGAUAAUGAAAACUUCAUCAACAAUGUCUGGAAUAUCCCGCACUGCGACAUCCCCGAGGAAGACGAGCCCUGGCAUUUUCCACAGGCACUGCAGACCCUGGGUGCUAUCAACAUCUCAUCUGGAAAAUUUCUGGCAUGGCCGAAUACUCUGCGGUCUACAGCUGAAUCAUUCAAUUUGGAUAACCCUUCCUGUCCGGGAUAUUUGCGUUUUGUCACUCUAUGGUUGGUGGAUCCCCAUUAUCGCAUUUGUUCCACACGGAACGUUCCACCACAACGAGGCGACUGGGCUGCACCCCCUUCCGAGGCCUCAAGUGAGAAUGGAGAGGGACAAUUUAUGAGCACAGAACAAGCGGAAGAAGUGCAUGCAAGGACGACGUCUGAGAGAACGUCAGCCAUAGAGAAGCUUAACAACCUUCUCCGUGCUGCUUUUGACUACACUUUUGAGGAUCGCUAUAUGUAUAAUAAGUUCCAGAUUUUCGUAUAG